ACACGUUCCAGUCACUUGAUCAAAAUAAUGAAUAAGACUCAUUCCCAAUUUAACUGACUUUCAGACUCCUUUCUUUUAUCCUUGCUGUACUGGGAAAAAAUAAUUCCGAACUAACAAAUUUACAUAUUUAUAUGUUAUCUAACCUUUACUCGUCUUUGACAAACAAAGACAGAAGAAGAGGGACAAGAACUUUCUAAGAUUUAUAGAAAGGGAGAGAGGGAGACAGAGGGUGAGGAAGAAGGUCAGGAUCACCUUUCACAGGUUCGCCGAUCUCCUUCUCUGAUCAUUAACAAAUGGGUGGUCAUAUCUCAAGGCAGAUUGAGAAGCGGAAAUCAUUAUCAACAGAGAAGAAAACAUUGGUUGAAUUGAAUGAAAGUUGUGGGUGUGAUUAUCCAGGAUGUGACUACCGCCCUUCUGAUAGGAAAAACUGGAUGGCAGGCCUUGAUCUCGAGAAGCUUACGAUCAACAACAUCGUAUGGCCUGGUACUCAUGAUUCUGCCACCAACAAGAUAGGUAUACCCUUCAUCUCUCGCCCCUUUGCUCAAUGUCAAUCCUUGUCUGUUUACGAGCAGCUCGUGAAAGGCACUCGUCUCCUUGACAUCCGAGUUCAGGAAGAUCGUCGAGUUUGUCAUGGCAUCCUUAAGACGUACAGUGUUGAUGUUGUCUUAGAUGAGGUCAAGAAGUUCUUAUCAGAGACGAAAUCUGAGAUUAUUAUCCUUGAGAUCAGGACAGAAUUCGGACACGAUGACCCCCCUGAAUUCGACAAGUUUCUCGUGGAGAAACUUGGAGAUUACCUAAUCCACCAGGAUGAUCAUGUCUUUGGUAAGACUGUUUCUGAGGUGCUACCUAAACGAGUCAUCUGUGUGUGGAAACCAAGGAAAUCCCCUGCUCCAAAGAAAGGUGAUCCGCUUUGGAGUUCAGGAUAUCUGAAGGAUAAUUGGAUUGAUACCGACUUACCAUCCACGAAAUUCGAGAGCAACUUGAAGCAUUUGGCUGAUCAACAUCCAGUGUCAUCUAGGAAGUAUUUCUACAGGGUGGAGAAUACUGUAACCCCUCAGGCCGAUAACCCGAUUUUGUGUGUGAAACCUGUAACUGAUAGGAUUCAUGGGUAUGCUAGGCUGUUCAUAAAGCAGUGCUUUGAAAGAAAUAUUGCUGAUCGGUUGCAGGUUUUCUCGACUGAUUUUAUUGAUGCUGAUUUUGUGGAUGCUUGUGUUGCACUUACUCAUGCAAGGAUUGAAGGCACAGCAUAGAUUUUAAAGACAUUCAAUUUUAUACAAUUGCUUUCUUGUCAGAUACUAUGUCUGUCUUGUGUUUAAAUGUAUUUAUCUGUAAACUGUGGGUUGAUAUGAUUAUUGGAUAUAGAAUUUGUCAUAUUCUGUGAGAAUAAUUAUUUGGGAGACUUUUGGAGUAUAUAUUCCCCUGAGAUGUUGUUUUUUUCUUCAUCAAUGUAACUUAAUUGUAGUAGUACAGGUGCUUUUAUUUUCUGGUAUUCCUGAUUUAUUGGAAGUUAGAAUUUCCAGUUA